AUGACUACUGAAGCUAAUACUAGCGCCAUUCUGCAUCGCGAUACUCGUUUCCUCCCAAAGAAAUGCGUGGGCGGUAAAGGCAGUUACUUGUUUCUUGAAGACGGAACUACAUUUUUGGAUUCUACAGGCGGCGCUGCUGUCUCAUGUCUGGGACAUGGCCAUGAGGGAGUCACUCAACUAAUCAAGGAUCAAAUGGACCAGCUGUCCUAUUGUCACUCUGCCUUCUUUGGCACUACAGUGGCCGAGGAGCUUGCUACACUUCUAGUUAAUUCGACGAAUGGGACUCUAUCCAAGCUUUUUGUAAUCAGCUCCGGCUCUGAGGCUGUCGAGGCUGCACUCAAGCUGGCACGUCAAUAUUUCUUAGAACUUCCUACGCCUCAGCCAGAGCGUACAAGGUUCAUUGCACGUCUACCUUCUUAUCAUGGUACUACUCUAGGUGCUCUGUCUGCUGGCGGGCAUGUCCAACGUCGGCAACCAUUCGAGCCUCUCCUGUCCAAGAACACAUCCCACGUUUCUCCUUGCUAUGCAUACCGCAAUAAGCUUGAUGGUGAAUCGGACGCAGAUUAUGUUGCCCGUCUUGCUGCUGAAUUAGAUGCCGAAUUCCAGCGUGUUGGUCCCCAGACCGUGUGUGCAUUCAUUGCAGAGCCGGUCGUUGGUGCGGCCCUUGGCUGUGUUCCAGCAGUACCGGGAUACUUCCUAGCAAUGAAAGCCGUCUGUGGAAAGUACGGCGCACUCUUCAUCCUCGACGAGAUCAUGAGUGGGAUGGGUCGUACCGGAACCCUGCAUGCCUGGGAGCAGGAAGAUGUCGUCCCUGAUAUUCAGACUAUCGGAAAGGGUCUCGGUGGAGGUUAUGCUCCGGUAUCGGGUCUCCUAAUUAAUGAUUUUAUUGUCCAGAUUAUGGACAAGGGCAGUGGAAUAUUCCGCCAUGGACAGACAUAUCAGGGCCACCCGAUCUCAUGUGCUGCUGCGCUAGCUGUGCAGAAGACUAUUAAGAAGGAAAAUCUUCUGGAAAACGUCCGCAAAAUGGGUGCUUAUCUCGAGAAGCAACUGAGACAGCGAUUUGAGAACCAUCCUUACGUGGGAGAUAUUCGAGGAAAGGGAUUGUUCUGGGGUCUUGAGUUUGUCAAAGACAAGGCUACGAAGGAGCCAUUUGAUCCCAGCGACCGCUUGUCUUUCCUUAUCCAGGAGAAGGGUCUGGAACCGCAAUACAGCGUCUCAUUGUAUGGUAGUUCCGGCACUGUGGAUGGAAUCAAAGGAGAUCAUUUGAUUCUUGCACCGGCCUACAUUGUGUCUAAGGGGGAGAUUGAUAUUAUUGUGGACACCCUCGAGAAGGUUCUAGAGGACGUUUUCGCUACGCUACAGAAGUAG